AUGCUUCAGAAUCUCGAUUGCUCAUCAUUUUCAUUCAGCAAUAACCAGAUUUUCGCAACUUGCAUGCCUCUACCUGUACUAAACUCUGUUCUUCACUGGACUUACUAUCCAAAGAACCAUACAGUUGAUAUUGCAUACAGACAUGGGGGUGUAACAGAUUCAGAUUGGGUAGCUUGGGGUUUAAAUAUCGAUGGAAAAAUGAUGGUUGGUACACAAUGUUUAGUUGCAUAUAGAGAUUCCAGUGGAGAAAUUCAUGCUUACACUUCCCCUGUUUCUAGUUAUGCUACUCUGUUAACAGAGGGAGCUUUGAGUUUCAAUGUUCCGAGAAUUGAAGCUGAAUAUUCCAACAAUGAGUUCAUUAUUUUUGCGACUUUACAACUUCCUGCUGGAAGGACUAGUUUUAAUCAAGUUUGGCAAAAUGGUGCUGUUGUUGCUGGUAACAUUUUAGCAGCUCAUGCUCAGUCUGGUGAUAAUCUCAAGUCUUUUGGAAGUGUUGAUUUUGCAAAUGGAUUAUAA